AUGUUAUGUAAACGAAUUGUUUCUCUAUACACGCGACGUUCUUUAUUAAUCAACCGUGCUUUAGCGCUGACGGUUUUAUCCAGGUGCCUGCACACUAAACCGGAAUCGGAAAGUCCUUCUUCUGAUAUUGCUACUGAUCGCCAGUUGGAAUCCAUUCCCAAAAGUGCAGAAAGAAAAUGGCUUCCGUCCAGUUUGCCAAAUUUUCAGCAGCCCACUUCUGUGAGCCAGGAACCUGAAACCCAGGUUCCGAGCGAUGAAUCGAUUUACCGUGAUUUGAAAUCUAUGUCUGAACUAGCGUUCAUGGACCCUAACAUUCAAGACUAUUUGAAUCAACUAUCGAAGUCGAACUCACCAUGGCUUUCAGAAUCGGCUACCUUUCUGCAAAAGCUAGCACCCUACUUUUAUCUUCCUCCCGAUGUGUUUCUCGAAAAAGCAAAUGCGUAUUUUCAAUAUCGCCUGCUAAAAACCUCUUCCAUCAAUCACCUUGCAUUCGCUAUUUCUGAUGUAUUUUAUUUCUAUUUUAAAAAAAACAAUAAUCGAGGCAUUCACACUCAAGCACAGAAGAUAAUUCCUUUUAUGUCCUUUUUUAUGCAUCUAAACAUGCCCGAAUAUGUUUUUCAUCUAUACAUAUACCUGCCUAAAGAUAUGUCUCGUAAUUUCGAUAUUACCAUGUUAAAUAAUCCAUUUCGCAAAACUUUUGCUCGUGCUUUUUCCCUUAUUGAGAAUCCUCUCAUUGUGUUACGUUCACUUAAUAUGACUGGUCGCAAUACACAUCGUAUAAGAAUUCUUUACUUACAUUAUUUGCAUUUUCUGUUAGAUCAUGGGGAACAUCAAAAAGUUGUUGCCCUCUCGCAUGAAAUUUUUAACAAAUUCAAAUGGAUUGCUUCGGGUCCUACUCGGCUAUUGAUGAACUCUUAUCACCAGCAAAGUCAGUUCAAUGCUGCAGUUCAAGUAUACAACGAAGUCUCGGUUAAGAGUGACAAAGUUGAAUCAAACACGAUACUUUUGAGAGAAUUGUUAAAAGUUGUCACCUCUGCUGGUUAUUAUAAUCGAGACUCAUUUCAUGUAUUCCUCAAAACACUUUUAAAAAUGGGAUACAUUCCUUCUCUCCAAAUUUUCGCAAGGCUUUUAACGGCCGUGGCAAAGUAUCACAUGCCAGAGGUCCUUUAUCCAUUAAUGAAUCAGUACAGAACACAGUUUAACAAUAUGUUAACCCCAAGUGUUUUUGUUGCUGCUGUUAAAGCGGUGGUUUAUUGUGGUGAUAUUAACACCAUCAAGCUGUAUUAUCAAGAAGCACAAGCUUCGGAAGAAAUAAAAAACUUGAAACAUUUGUUUAACUUGUUCAUAACUUCGACAACUGUGAGCCUUGACGCCUCUAUGGCAAUGAAUUUGCUAAGAGCAUUCAAAGACGACAAAUCUUUAAUUGAUAAAUCAACUUUGGUGAGUUGCAUCACCUUAUUUUCACGAAGAAAGGAUUUGGAUGCUAUGGAAAAAGUUUAUAAAUAUAUUACGGAUCUUGGUGUCUCGACUCCCCCCGAAGGAUAUGCAGCACUUUUAGAUGCUUAUAUUGAAGCGGCCAAUGAGAAAAAAAUUCAGUCGUGUCUACAGAAAAUUGAAGAGCUUGGUAUAGGUAAUAACCCUAGUGUGAAUCGCAUGCUUAUGAGGUAUGCGCUUUAUAAAUUUGAUUAUGGCCUAUUGCAAAACUGCACUGCUUUUGCAGAAAAACAUGAUAAAGGAGGACGUGAUUAUUUGUACACAAUAAUGAUGCUCUAUCACACUUCCGUUGGUGAAGUCAGACAAGCUCUUAACGUCUUUUCUACAAUACGAAAACCAAAUGUUGUUCAUUUCUCAAUCGUGGUCACCGUGCUUGGUAAUUUAAAGGAGCUCGAUCAAAUCAAAUUUUUAGAGGAGCGCAUGUCUUCAUUGGGUAUACAGAUGACUCCAUUGUCUUUAACUGCUUUUGUUACAAGUUACUGUAAACAAGGUACCGAAGGUUUGGCAGAGGCCGAACGAUAUAUGAAAUCCGUUUUUCAAACUAAACAGCGAAGAGCUAGUAUCUUUAAUGCACGAACUGCAAACGAUCUUCGUUACCCAGUUUCUUUGUUUUCUCCAUUAAUUCGAGAAUAUACCUCUUUAGGGGAUAUGACAGAAGCAAAGAAUGUUCUUGCUUUGUAUUUAGAUUACCAUUUAAAGAACAUUACUUCACAACCUGACAUCCCUUUUGCUAUCGCUAGUAUGCAGUUAUACUGUUCUUUACACGAUACUUUGCUUGCACGUAGAUUUUGGGAUUUGAUUUUACAGGUCGCUCGACAAAACUUUAUGUCUACAAAAGUUGAGUUAUACAUAUCAGAUAAGAAGGAGCAUGAAGAUGAAGAAGGUAAACUUCUUGAUGCUUACAAAGGAAGUCUUAAUAUGCCAGCCGAGAUAUACUUUUCUUUCUUAGCCAGUGUCAAUGCAUUUCAGGAACUGAAUACAGAAUGGCUUCGAUUAAGGAGGUGGGGUGCUGAAUUUGACGAAGCUAUGUUUAAUAAACGUAUAGUUUGGAUUUUAUACAGCGGUCGAAUAGACAUGGCAUUAACUGAAUUUUGCGAAUAUUUCCUCUCGAAAGAAAAACUGAAUGAACAUGUUGAAGAAGAAGAAAGUAUUUCACGUAUUGCAAAUUUUUUGUUAUCAUAUAAUUCCCCAGUGUAUACAAGUACUUGGGAUGUGCUUCGUGAAAAACUUGCUAUGGCUAAUGAAAAUGGAUAUGUUCGUUCUCGGAACGAAGAGUUGAUGACUGUGCCAAAGUAUUUCCAACAAUGGAAACAAAAAAAUGAAUUGUUGUACACAAUUUUGUCACGACUCUAG